AUUGUUGCUAAUGCGAUAAAUACCAUUGUUGCUUUCACCUGCAAUAGCCAGUAAAACUGACCACUUGAAACUUAACGCUAUCAAAAUCAGCAGUUUAAACACCAUUGUCCUAAAAAGUAUAAUCAAAUACCAGUCUUUAAGAUUUACUUUGACAAUCUAAACUUCUCUAUAUUAAUAUAAUUUAUUCUAAUUUAUUGAAACAAAUUGAUAGAAAAUAAAAACAGCAGAUAUUAAAUACCAGAAAAGGAAAUAUCUGCCAUCAAGAUAAGUGUUUUUUAUAAUAAGAUAAUAACAAGAUAAUCAACAAUAAUUGCCAUCAACCUAUCAAUUAUGCUUCUGCGAGUUGUACUGGCAGCUGCGCUCUGCGUGGUGCUCAGUUCGGGCGCCACUCAUCAUAACCCCUACUGCGAGCUGAGCGAAAUGCACACCAUGUGUCAGUACGAGGGCAUCGGGCCGGCGUGCAAACGGGUUGAGGCACGUGAAGUCAGCCACGAAGACAUCAACGUGAUCGUGGACAUGCACAACCAACUGCGGUCUAAGUUGGCAACCGGUUUUGAGCGCAGAGGACGAUUUCCGCAAGCCAUCAGGUUACAAAAACAGCUUCCGGCCGCCAACAUGCUUCAGCUGGAAUGGGAUGAUGAACUAGCGCGCGUGGCACAGAGACUGGCCGAUCAGUGUGUCUACAGGCACGACUGCAAGGAGUGCCGAGCGCUCGACCGUUUCGACGUUGGCCAGAACCUGGCUGUGACGCACGGCGCCGACAAGGGAAAACAGCCCAACUGGAAGGCUACCAUAGGACAAUGGUUCGACGAGGUCCGGGCUUUCAACCACAGCAACAUCAAACCAUUCAAGUUUUCGCACGACUUUGGUCACUUCACCCAGAUGGUGUGGGCCACCACCCAAAUGAUUGGCUGCGGCUACUCCAUGUAUUUUGCCGGCGGCCAGUGGAACAAGCUGUACGUCUGCAACUACGGCCCGAUGGGUAACGUGCUUUUCGACGAGGUGUACGAGGCGGGCCCUUCGUGCAGCCGGUGUCCGGCCGGCACCCAGUGCUCGACUCACUACCCCGGACUCUGCGCUGGUGGUGCCAAAUCGGGCCAUCUCCAGGCCGGUACGAGCAUCCAAGACCUACUAAAUCAGCUGUCGGGAGGCAGUUCCGGGCAGCCUGCUCCGCAAGCCGGCGGACUAGGCGGUCAAAGCAUCCAGGAUAUGAUUAGCCAGCUUGGUGGCGGAGGAAAUGGUGGCCAGCAGGGUGGCGGUCAAAGCAUUCAGGACAUGAUUAACCAGCUUAGCGGCGGCGGCGGCUAUGGUGGCCAGCAGGGUGGCGGUCAAAGCAAUAGCAUCCAGGACAUGAUUAACCAGCUUGGCGGCGGUGGUUAUGGUGGCCAGCAGGGUGGCGGUCAAAGCAUCCAGGACAUGAUUAACCAGCUUGGCGGCGGCGGUGGUUAUGGUGGCCAGCAGGGUGGCGGUCAAAGCAUCCAGGACAUGAUUAACCAGCUUGCAGGCGGUGGUUAUGGUGGCCAGCAGGGUGGCGGUCAAAGCAUCCAGGACAUGAUUAACCAGCUUGGCGGCGGCGGUGGUUAUGGUGGCCAGCAGGGUGGCGGUCAAAGCAUCCAGGACAUGAUUAACCAGCUUGGCGGCGGCGGCUAUGGUGGCCAGCAGGGUGGCGGUCAAAGCAUCCAGGACAUGAUUAACCAGCUUGGCGGCGGUGGUUAUGAUGUCCAGCAGGGUGGCGGUCAAAGCAUCCAGGACAUGAUUAACCAGCUUGGCGGCGGUGGAAAUGGCUAUGUUGGCCAGCAGGGUGCUACGCAAGCUGACGGUUUGGGCGGCCAAAGCAUACAAGACUUGCUGAACCAGCUGUACGGUAGCAGUGCUGCUGCCCCGCCUCAGGCACAUGGAUCGCAGCAACACCCAGCGCCGGGCGGUCAUCGGGGCAGCAGCGGCAAGGAACUGUUGCACUGCGACUUUGAUCAGGUUUCCUGUAAAAUAUCAUUCAAAGGCGUACCGUGGAAGCCGCAGGCUACCAGCACCAGUCAUGGCAACGCGCUGACCGCCACUGUGAAAGCUGGUGAGGGCACCGAAGUCCUCUUUGAACAAAUCAUACAAAACCCUCCAAGCCAAGAACUUUGUAUCUACUUCUCUUACAUGAAGUAUGAGUCGCAGGGCAGGCAGCCUGUCCCUUUGCUAAUGACAAUAGAGGCGAUGAAGAGCAAUGUCGUCAACAAACCAAACGCGUUGCCACAGAACACCAAGGAUAUGCUGUCGUACGCUCUCCAACUGAAACAAGUGAAUGCUCCGAUGCGUCUGCACUUCUCGCUCAGCGUUCCCAAGACGGCGGCCGGCCAAGUGACUGUGGUAGCUGUGGACAAUAUUAAAGUGGUACCUGGUCAAUGCUAAAUGCACGUUACUGACCGGCUGUCAGUCGCGUGAACGUUCUGCACCCUACCUAGCAUGGCAGUUUAGUACAACCUUUUGAGCGAAAAUAUAUCAGCUAUGCGUAA